AUGAGCACCAGAGAAGUGGGUGGACGGAAUCUCUUCUGGUUUGGACUACGUGCUAAACUGGCUGCAGCCCUGGUCGAACACCUACAAGAUCUCCACGAGACUCUGAAGGAGUACGAUCCUCCCAAGAUUGUCCACCCAGACAUCAAUGACCUCCAGCCACCCAAGAAAUCCCUCUUUGGUUCUCUCUUUGGCAGCGGGAACAGGAAGAAAGCCAUUGGCGAAAUACCGGAGAAUUUGCCCAAAGGAUUAUACAUGUACGGCGACGUGGGUUCUGGGAAAACGAUGUUGAUGGACCUUUUCUUCGACACAUUACCUCCGAACAUAACAUCCAAGACGCGCAUCCAUUUCCACAACUUUAUGCAAGACGUGCACAAGCGGCUACACAAGAUCCGAAUGCAAUACGGCAACGAUUUUGACGCUGUGCCUUUUAUCGCAGCAGAUAUAGCCGAAACUGCCCAAGUCCUCUGCUUUGACGAAUUCCAAGUGGUGGACGUUGCCGAUGCCAUGAUCCUCCGUCGUUUAAUUGAGGCCCUCAUGUCGCACGGCGUUGCACUGGUCACGACCUCGAAUCGGCACCCCGACGAUCUCUACAAGAAUGGGAUUCAGCGGCAGUCCUUCAUUCCUUGCAUCAACCUGCUGAAAAAACAACUCCGCAUCAUAAAUCUUGAUUCACAAACCGACUAUCGCAAACUCCCCAGACCACCGUCGGGAGUUUACCACCAUCCGCUCGACCGUGCGGCUGUCUCUCACGCAAAUAAAUGGUUCCGGUUCCUCGGCGACCCAGAAAACGAUCCUCCCCAUCCGACGACCAUCACCGUUUGGGGUCGCGAAGUACAAAUCCCCCUCGCCUCGGGUCGUUGCGCCAAAUUCACUUUCCACGACCUGAUUGGUCGCGCUACGGGGGCAGCGGAUUACAUUGAAAUGAUGCGCAGUUUUGAUGCGUUCAUUGUCACCGACGUCCCCGGAAUGACGCAUAGAGAACGCGACUGGGCUAGACGGUUUAUUACUUUCAUUGACGCCGUGUACGAAUCGCACGCGAAGCUAGUCCUCACGACCACAGUACCCCUGUCUCAGCUUUUUGUGUCCAAGAGUGAGCUAGACGAGUCUCUGGAUAAAGUCACUCACAAAGUUCGAAAGGAAAAGUCUGGGGCCUCUAAAGAGGAGCAUGCGGUUGUGGAAGAAGUCAAAAAAUCCAACCAAGGAAGAGGGGGUCGUGAGGAUGAAGGGGCAGAUGUUGACGACGUAAUGCGCAAUCUGAUGGACGACCUUGGGAUGAACAUGAGCAUGCUGAAGCAGAGUUCUCUGUUCAGCGGCGAUGAAGAACGGUUUGCGUUUGCAAGGGCACUCAGUCGCUUGAGCGAAAUGGGCAGUCAGGAGUGGGUGGAACGCGGACUUGGACUUGAGAAGAGAGGAGGAUUAGAGGAGAAAGAGGGAUGGCAAAGGGUCAGGAGCAGGUGGAGAGAAGACAGUCUCUGA